UUGCGCGGAUUUCACACUACGGCAUGUAUGAACGAAGUAAGACUCCUUACAAGAUUGAGGGUUGUUGAUAAUUCUGAAAUUGGAAAACGAGCGAUGGCUGAAGGGAAACCGCCGAAGCUUAUCUGUGUAUACAAUAAACAACGUGUUGGAUAUAUUGGCGAUAGGGUAUUAGUUGCUAUAAAAGGAGAAAAGAAGAAAGGUAUUUUAGUUGGGCUAAAGCAGAAGCAGUCUGUAAGAGUACCCAAAUUUGAUAGUAAUAAUGUCGUAUUGAUAGACGACAGUGGCACACCACUGGGCACCAGAAUACAUGUUCCAAUUCCUACAAUACUAAGGACUAUUCUAAAACAGAGAACACAUGCCAAGGGUGCAGAUUAUACAAAACUAUUAGGAAUAGCAACACGAUUUGUCUAGUGACUGUCUAACUUUUCUAAAUAGUGUUACUUGAUACAAUAAAUAAAUAUAGUUCUUAUGAAA